AUGUCCACACGCGGUGAUCUAGACUUUCUCGAUGAUUUGCGCCGAAAGUAUCCGCACCAACCAACGUUUUUGCAGGCAGUUGAAGAAAUGGCCCUCGCCCUCAGCGAUCUUUUUGAUGGACCGGACGGAGAUUUUUACCAAAGGGCCUUUCUGGCCAUGGCGGAGCCCGAGCGUAUCAUUGCCUUUCGCGUUUCUUGGAUGGAUGAUAACGGAAAGAUUCGUUUUAACCGUGGAUGGCGGGUCCAGUUUAGCAGCGUUCUCGGUCCCUUCAAGGGCGGUCUUCGCUUCCACCCAACUGUCGAUGAAGGAGUCUUGAAGUUUCUUGGCUUCGAGCAGAUCUUCAAAAACGCUUUGACCGGAUUGCCGUUGGGUGGAGGUAAGGGCGGGUCCGACUUUGACCCCAAGGGCAAAUCGGACGGGGAAGUUCGUCGUUUUUGCGAAGCCUUCAUGUCCGAGCUUUGCCGUUACUUGCAUCCAUCCACAGAUGUUCCUGCUGGUGAUAUUGGAGUUGGUGGCCGCGAAAUUGGCUACAUGUAUGGACAGUAUAAGCGUAUAACAAAUCGCCACGGUGUCGGUGUCCUAACGGGUAAGUCCAUGAACUUUGGUGGCAGCGAAAUUCGCCCCGAGGCGACCGGAUAUGGUCUUAUUUACAUGACAAAGAUUGCCGUCCAAAGGAAACUGAACCGAAACUUGACGGACAUGCGCUGUGCAAUUUCCGGUUCGGGAAAUGUUGCACAGUUUGCGGCGAAGAAGUUGCUCGAGUUUGGUGCCAAGGUCAUGACUGUGAGUGACUCCAACGGUGUGAUCGUUUUCGAGAGCGGAAUGACGGCCACAGACUGGGAUGCUGUUUCCGACUGCAAAAAUAAGCACCGCGGACGUCUUUCGUCCAUCCAGGACAAAGUCAGCGGGCAGUAUUACGACGGCGAAAGUCCUUGGAGUUUAGACAUCAAGUACGACUUGGCCUUGCCUUGUGCUACACAAAAUGAAAUUGACGAGAAGUCGGCCAGGCAACUUGUAAAAAACGGAGUGUUGGGAGUGUUGGAGGGCGCAAACCUACCGACCGACUUGGAGGCGCAGGCCGUGUUCCGUAAGGCCGACGGUGUUAUUUAUGUCCCGGGAAAGGCAUCCAAUGCUGGAGGUGUUGGUGUCAGUGGUUUGGAGAUGAGUCAGAACGCACAGCGGCUCACGUGGAAAUCAGAAAAGGUGGACGAAAAACUGCAUGGCAUGAUGGACGAGAUUUACAGUAUGAUGGAAGAAGCCGAACUAAGUGGAGGAACUUUGGAACAGGGAGCAAACCGUGCUGGAUUUCUGAAGGUUGCCACGGCUAUGAGAGAGCUAGGUUGGGUGUAUUGA